CAUACAAAGCAAUCAUGUUCACCAAAGUACUGUCUUUGAGCGCUGUGUUGGCGGUAGCUUCAGCUGGACUCUUGGCUGAGCCUCACUACUCUUCAGCUGCUGCUGUCUCAUCACAAAGCAUUGUGCGUCACGACCAGCCCCACGCUGUGGCUGCUAAGAUCGUGGCUGCUGCUCCCGUAGCGUACCACGCUGCACCCGUGGCCUACCAAACUUCCCCCGUUCAUUACUCCUCCGCCGCAGCUGUGUCUUCCCAAAGCAUCCAGCGCCACGACCAGCCCCAUGGAGCUGUUGCUGUUGCCCCCGUUGCCCACUACGCUGCUGCACCUGUUGCCCACUACGCCACCGCCCCAGUAGCCCACUACGCUGCUGCACCUGUAGCUCACUACGCUGCUGCCCAUGAGGAGGAAUACGCUCACCCUAAAUACGACUUCUCAUACUCCGUAGCUGACGGACACACUGGUGACAACAAGUCUCAACACGAGAGCCGCGACGGUGACGCCGUGCACGGCGAGUACUCUCUGGUCGAAGCUGACGGCUCUGUGCGUACAGUUCAGUACACCGCUGACGCACACAACGGUUUCAACGCCGUGGUCAGCAACUCCGCACCUUCCCACCACGCUGCGCCCGCUCAGGGACAUAUUCUAGCCCAUCACUAAUAAUUUUAUAUUGUAUUUAAUUAUUUAUUUAUAUUAUGUCGUUUGAAAAUAAUUGUAAAUAAUAAUUCAAAAAAUUAUGAAAAAAAUAAA